CGAUCUAAGCAUCCCCAAAAUCAUCACUUACAAACAUUCUCAAUAUGGCUUCUCACAAAAUAUCUUGUGUUGUUUUUUUCUUGGUGUUAGGAGUAGGUAUGUGCACUGCCACCAGGGCCCUUCUCACUUAUGAACUUGGAGGGCAUUCCGGUGUUGGUGUUGGUGUCGAUGUUGGUGUUGGUGUAGGCGGCUAUGCUAGUGGAGGAGGUGGUGGAAGUGGUGGAGGCGGAGGAGUUGCUCAUGGUGGAGGUGCAGGAGGAUAUGGUGGUGGUAGUGGUGAAGGAGGUGGUGCAGCUAGCGGUGGAGCUGCCUAUGCUGGUGGAGGCGGUAGUGGAAGCGGUGGAGGUGGUGGAGCAGCUCAUGGUGCUAGUGGUGGGCAUGCUGGAGGAUAUGGUGGUGGUAGUGGUGAAGGAGGUGGUGUAGCUAGUGGAGGAGCUGCAUAUGGUGGAGGUGCUGGUGGAGGAAGUGGAGGAGGUGGGGCAUAUGGGGCUGGAGGCGAGCAUGGAAGUGGUGCCGGCGAAGGUGGGGGCCAUGGAGGUGGGGCCGCUGGUGGUGGAGCUGCCUAUGGUGGUGGUGCCGGUGGCGGAAGUGGUGGUGGUGGAGCAUAUGGUGCCGGAGGCGAGCAUGCAGGCGGUGCCGGUGAAGGUGGAGGCCAUGGAGGUGGAGCUGCUAGUGGCGGGGCUGCCUAUGGUGGUGGUGCCGGUGGUGGUAGCGGUGGUGGCGGUGCUUACGGAGCUGGAGGAGAGCAUGCCGGUGGUGAAGGUGGUGGCCAUGGAGGUGGUUAUGGUGCCGGUGGGGCUGGUGGACAUGCUGGUGGUGGCGGAGGAGGUAGUGGGGGUGGUGGUGGUGCAGCCUAUGGCGGUGGAGCAGCUGCAGGUGGCUACGGUAGUGGUGGUGGAGCAGGAGGAGGUGUUAGUGAAGGAGGUCAUGCAUAUGGUGCUGGUGGAGGUGGAGGAUCUGGUGGUGGAGGUGGCUUCGCUUCUGGGGGAGCCCAUGCUGGUGGUUAUGGGGGUGAGGCCGGUGACGGUGAAGGGGGUGCUCAUGGAGGAUAUAUGCCUUGAUCGAUAUCAUUUAUUAAUUUGAGCCAAUUUCAUCGAGCUGUUGCUUAAAUGUUAUGGCUUUUAUUUUAAUAUUUUUCCGACUAUUCUCAUUUGCAAUAAGGUUGGUCAUAGCAAUGAAAUUUGCAAGAACUAAAAUAGAUAUGUAUUGUUGUUAAAUAUGAUUGUGUAUGCAACAGUCACGGUGCAAUGCUUGCAACAUGUUGCAUAAAAUUGUAAUAUACUCUUAUUGCUUCUGCAAUUAAUGAAUUUUCAUUUUCUAUCUAAA